ACAUGAUCGUCCCCAUGAGGACCCACAACGACGAGAAGCCGUACAGGUGUGACCAAUGCACGAAGUGCUUCAGUCUGAAAGGCAUCCUGACGCGCCACAUGAUGACUCACUCUGGGGAGAAGCCCUACAAGUGUGACCAAUGCACGAAGCGCUUCAGUCGGACAAGCCACCUGAAUAUCCACAUGACAACUCACUCCGGCGAGAAGGCCUACAAGUGUGACCAAUGCAUGAAGUGCUUCAGUCAGAAAGGCCAGCUGAAUAUCCACAUGAGGACUCACACUGGGGAGAAGCCCUACAGGUGUGACCAAUGCCCGAAGCGCUUCAGUCAAGGCCGCGCCCUGAAGUUCCACAUGUCGACUCACUUUGGGGUGAUGCCCUACAGGUGUGACCAAUGCACGAAGAGCUUCCAACGGAAAUGCGACCUGGAGAUCCACCUGAGGACUCACUCCGGUGAGAAGCCCUACAAGUGUGACCAAUGUACGAAGCGCUUCAGUCAGACAAGCAACCUGAAGAUCCACAUGAGAACUCACACCGGCGAGAAGCCCUACAGGUGUGACCAAUGCACGAAGUGCUUCAGUCUGAAAGGCACCCUGAAGUUCCACAUGUCGACUCACUCUGGGGAGAAGCCCUACAGGUGUGACCAAUGCACGAAGUGCUUCAGUCAGAAAGGCAGCCUGAAUCUUCACAUGAGGACUCACUCCGGGGUGAAGCCCUACAAGUGUGACCGAUGCACAAAGGGCUUCAGUCUGAAAUGCACCCUGAAUAUCCACAUGAGAACUCACACCGGCGAGAAGCCCUACAAGUGUGACCAAUGCACGAAGGGCUUCAAUGUGAAAGGCAACCUGAAGAUCCACAUGAGGACUCACUCCGGCGAGAAGCCCUACAAGUGUGACCAAUGCACGAUGCGCUUCAGUCAGAAAGGCACCCUGAAGAUCCACAUGAGGACUCACUCCGGUUAGAAGCCCUGCCUGUUAGUGCAUUGCAACGCCAGCUACAGCGACCCAAGCAAUUUGAGUGUGCACAUGCUCAAGCACACGGGCAAUGGGGUGCUUUCACACAGGGUAACGGGGCGCUUUGAUUGAGACCUCUGUCCGGUAUUUGUCGAAAUUACGGCUUUUAGUUUUUCUUUUUAUCAGGAUUAAACACU